UCUAUAUAUAUUUUGUUAUUAUUCCACAGCGUUUCACGUUUACGAGUCAGCGUGGCGCUAAAAUUCAAAGCAUCAAUUAAAACAGAUGUAAAAAAAGAUCAAAAAUAAAAAAAGUACAAAAAAUUUCAAUUACAAGACUUCAAGUCUGUCGAAAUUCUUCAAGUGAUACCAAUGGACAUUACCGUGGCUAGCAUGAUCAAUCCUCAUCCCAUUGUGGACGAGCAUGGUCAGCCGCAGAGCGAUGGCGGCCAGACUGUAAACAACAGCGUCUUCCUCACGCAACUGCGCCAAACGGGCGCCUAUCGCGCCCAAAUGGAGCGCCAGCACAGUCGUAGUCGCCUACAGUCCGAAAAUAGUGUUCUCCAAGACCUGAUGCUCGAGGCAGCCGAGCAGCAAGCGCUUAAAUCUAAGCUGCCGGAGACUGCAGAGAGCCAAAGCAGCAGUAAAGUCAACAGAGAGGCACACAUAGCUGAUGAGUCGGAAGCAUCCAAUGAUGAGGGCUGGCAAUGGCAAAAUUUCUUGGGCGCCAUGACAUGCUUCUUGUCGGGCAUGACCAUUGCUUGUCUGGGCGGUAUGUUGCACAGGAUCUGAGAAAUCCCUUUUUAAAGCGGCAGGGCAUUAUGUACUGGUAUAUUUAAGAAUAAAGACCCUUUUAAUUUUUGCGGUAUGUUGAGAAAUUA